GGUUUGGAGGAGGCUGUGUCAACUGACUGAACCCCAGCGAGCAGCGACCGAGGCGGCGGCGGUGGCGUGAUGCAGUUCCUCCGAAGCGGCGGCGGCGGGGGUGGCAGUGGGUUCGGAGGGGCCGCGUGGGAGGUGCUUCGUCGGCACUUCUCUAGGAAGCGGUCGGUGGACGUGCGCCGGAUCAACCCCAAGGUGCCCAAGGAGGAGGCCGUCGCCAUCUCCGGCCGCCUCCUCCAGAUCCUCUCCGACCACGGGCCCCUCACCGUCGGCAACACCUGGAACCACGCCAAGGAUGCUGGUAUUAGUGGCCUGAACAGCAAGACUCACAUGAAGAUCUUGCUGAAAUGGAUGACGGGAAGAAGGGUUGUCAAGUUGACAUGUGUUCAUGUCGGCAACGCAAAGAAAUUCCUGUAUGCCCCCUACACGGAAAGCUCGGAGGAGAUUAAGGAAGGCAGCGCUUCAUCCGCUCGGGCAGAGGAUAAUAAGGCUUCUGCUCAAGGAGGGAAAGGGAGAGCCGCACGAGGGCAGCCGAAGAAGCAGGCUGCAGCUUUGCCCUGAUGGUCGAUGAGGAGAAGCGGGCUGAUUUUGCAACUUUGUUUUCUACCUUGAUGGUGCCAUCGAAAACAGUUGAUGUAUUGAAGCAAUGUGUUGUAGAACGGGACACUCUCGAGUCCGUCAUGUUUAGGCGCAUUGUGCGGAUGGAGGCGGUUGUAUUGCACGCUGCCAUAGCACUUGUGAACUGAAAUAAUUUGUGACCACCUUCGACAACCUCGACGGUUGGGGG